CCCAUCCUCAAUCCCUGGUCGUUUUGCUUCAUCGCACUAUCAUGCCCGGUAGCUUAGAAGGCCGAUAUAUCAGACUUGAUUAUCAGUGGAAAAAAUAUCAAAGUUCCCUCCUUGCGCACCCCGCAGGCAUCCAUGUGUCCGUCAAUCUCGACUCGAGCAGACGCUGGAAAUCAACAAUCGGUGUCCUAUCAUCCGACGAAUCUAUAACGUGGCGCGAUAGUGUGACCUUAUCAUCAGAUGCGUCACCUACGUUAUCAGUGGAGAUCAGGGCUUCCUUCGAGCUCGAUUGCAUGCUAGGCAAUGGAGAAGUUGUCGGAAAACUUGACAAAUCAUGGGAUGAGCUGCUAGAUCAUGGAAAUGAGCCUUUCGACAUCUCGUUUCCGUCUGUUCACUCUUCCCUCACACUAAAGGCCACGGUUCUACAUGACUGUGACUAUCAGGACAGCGCACUGCCUGACUCCAUCGUUGAGUGUCAGAUUGCUCAAGACACGGAUGCGGGCCAUGAACGAUUUGCCACAUACGUGACAAGCAAGACGGUCUCUCACCUGAAUGAUGCUGUAAAGCAUUUUCAGUUGGUCCUGGACCAAUGUCCGGUCGGCCAUCCUCACCGAGCAGCGGCUCUCACAAACCUCGCGAUUUUCAAUGACAUCGACUCUAUCACUUCUCUCUUCCGCGAAGCCCUUGCAUUGCGUCCACAUGGCCAUCCCGAUCAUCCAUUAUCCAUCUAUCACCUCCUUAAAGCGUUGAUCUGGCGCUACAGCAAAGAGAACUUCGCCGUCGUCUAUAUCCAGGAAUGCGCGCAACUGUCCUGCAAGCUAUUGACCCUCUGUCCAGAGGGCACUCACCUUCACGCAUCCGAUGAAGGGAUCCACCUUCGACGAGUCGUACUCGAGCUUUGUCCUCUGGGCAGCGCACACCGUCCGAAAGCACUCGACAACCUUGCGCAGGCAGUUGAAGCACGCUUUGACCAGCGCGGCACCAUUGAUGAUCUAGCAGAGAGCGUACAACAUAAGCGUGAAGCCGUUUCUCUGUGCCCCGAGGGACAUUCUGAACGCGACACCUACCUGAAUAACUUGGCCUACGCACUCCAGUCCCGCUUUAAUCACCAAGGCAACUCAGAUGACCUCAAUGAGGCCAUCUCUUUGUAUGAAGAAGCGCUGCGCCUGUGCCCUGUUGGGCACAAAUCUCGUGAUUUCUCAUUGAACAACCUAGGAGCUGCCCUCUACACCCGUUUCGACCAACGCGAUGAUGUUAACGACAUCAUCAGAUUCAUCAGCCUCCAGCGCGAGGCACUGACGUUGCGCCCCGCCUGGGAAUCCAUAUCAUAUGAGAAAUUAGAUGCCAGCGAGGAUCUCGACGAGGCCAUCAACCUCUACCGGGAUUCACUUCAGUUAAGGCCGCAUGGCCAUCCGUUUCACUAUCAAGCUCUUAUCAAUUUGAGCUCGGCGCUCCGUUCUCGUUUCGCGCAAACUCGGAAGAAUGAAGAUAUCGAGGAGGCCAUUCGACUCUGCCAAGAGUCGUUGGAGUCUUUGCCUUCACUGCACCCAAGUAGAUAUUUCAGCUACAUGUGGCUGAAGAAUGCCUACGUGUCUCGUUACCAAGUGCAACGCAACCUCGCCUAUUUAUCGCUCGCUGUGGAGAACUUCAGACUGGCAUCGAGACACCCCACUCAGGGCUUUCCAAAUCGCAUUACAACGGCCCGGAACUGGAUCGCCAUAGCAGAGCAACACAGUCAUACAUCUACAUUGGAGGCCUACAUCACAUGUUUCGACCUUCUUGACGGUCAUUUGGCGACACGAUCGUCAAUAAUUUCACGGCGCGAAGCUGCCGCUGCCUUCAGCGGUGCCAGAUCACUGCCUGUAGAUGCAGCAUCAUGUGCCAUCCGCCGUGACAAUCUACGCCAUGCAGUGGAGCUCGUGGAGCAGGGUCGUGGCCAGCAGUGGUCGCUGGCCUCUCGAAUCAGGACUCCGCUGGAAGACCUGAAGCUUGCAAGUCCGGAACUAGCUCACAGGCUCUUGGAAAUUAACCAGCGCCUGUCUGAUGCUCAGGGUUCUGCCGGCAGCACUGACCGAGCUGCUGCUGAUCGAGCAGCAAUACAGUACAGAAGACUUCAGCAACAGUGGGGAGCAGCCGUAGUUGAGAUCCGUAAUUUUAAAGGUUUCUCGCGGUUCCUGCUGCCGCCGUCAUAUGAAGACUUGCAACCGGCGGCGCGUCAUGGUCCAGUCAUCAUCCUCGUUGCGAGUCAAUACUCGUGCAGUGCCAUCGUUGUCCCAACAUCAGGAGAGCCCCACCACGUUCAAUUCCCGCGCGUCACUCUCACACAUCUAGAGAACCUCAAGAGUGACUUCGCCAGGGAGAUACGACUUGCAUCUUUUAUGCGCCCAGAGGAGACAAGGAAGGAAUUGCAAGUCCUCUUGCGGACAGUAUGGGACGAGAUCAUGUUACCCAUUGUCAUCGUCCUCCAGCGUGAUCUCAGAAUAACGAGCGGCUCUCGAAUCUGGCUGUGUCCAACUGCAACCUUCACUUCCAUUCCUCUCCACGCAGCUCACCCCUUUCGAACGAAGGAAGACGGACGGCGUGAACUAUGCCUUGAGGAUGUCUAUAUCUGUUCUUACACACCGACACUUUCAGCUCUGAUCAGAUCUAGACAGAUGAUGAAGAAACGUGUGACUCCGUCAUUCGUUGCAAUCGGACAAAGUUCACCGGGCGCGGGGCAAGGCGAGGCGCUGUUGACUAUUGAUAGCGAGCUUGAGCUCGUCCACAAACUCGUCCCCGCGACAGCCAAUCCCACCACUCUCUCCGGCGACGACGCCAGGCAAGCAGGUGCACUCGAUGCUUUACAACGCAACACUUGGGUGCACCUCGCUUGUCAUGGGAAGCAGGAUCGCGAGCAGCCUUACCAUUCAAGUUUCGCCAUGAAAGACAAACCUCUCACGUUGCUCGAUAUCAUGGAGAAAGACAUUCCUCACGCUGAGUUCGCAUUCUUGUCGGCGUGUCAUACCGCUGUUGGUGAUGAGAAGACACCGGACGAAGUCAUCCACCUCGCAGCUGGACUCCAAUUUUCAGGGUUCAAGAGCGUCAUUGGCACGCUGUGGGUGGUCGACGACGCUGUCGCGAAACACGUUGUCGAAGCUUUCUACAAGAAGAUGGUCAAGGGUUUGGAGGAUGGUGAUAUGAUGGACUGUACGAAGGCGGCCUGGGCACUCAACCGUGCUACAAACGCCGUAAAGACGAAAGUUCCGCUUGAGCAGAGGAUGGUUUUCAUACAUAUUGGUGUGUAGUUCUAUGUCUCAUUGUUUCGAUAUCGUACAGUUCUUCAGGUUAUUCUCUUCGGUCUAUGCUGUACUUAAAGUUGUAGGAAUUACUGUACUAGCCUAAACAAUGUGGGUUACCGUGG